AUGCAGAGAGCUUCACGUUUGAAGAGAGAGCUGAACCUGUUAGCCACAGAACCACCCCCAGGCAUCACAUGCUGGCAGGAUAAGGACCAGAUGGAUGAUCUUCGAGCUCAAAUAUUAGGUGGAAUCAAUACGCCAUAUGAAAAGGGUAUUUUCAAAUUGGAAGUUAUCAUUCCUGAGAGGUAUCCAUUUGAACCACCUCAGAUCCGAUUUCUGACUCCAAUCUAUCAUCCAAACAUUGAUUCUGCUGGAAGGAUUUGUCUAGAUGUUCUCAAGUUGCCGCCAAAAGGUGCCUGGAGACCAUCCCUCAACAUCUCAACUGUGUUGACUUCUAUUCAGCUGCUCAUGUCAGAACCCAACCCUGAUGAUCCACUCAUGGCUGACAUUUCUGCAGAAUUUAAAUAUAAUAAACCUGUCUUCCUCAAGAAUGCCAGGCAGUGGACAGAGAAGUAUGCCAGACAGAAGGUUGAUGAGGAGCAGGUGCCUGAUAAUUUAUCAGAGACCAGUGAUUCUGAAGGACACAAUUCAGCCCUGAAGAGGAAAGCCAGGCAACUUGGAAGCAUAGAAAAGAAAUUUUGCCCUGAUGUUUAG